AAUCUUUGUGACUUGCUCCUACGGAACCAAGGUCUGAAAGAUAGAAAAAAUCAGUCAUUCACAACCACUGAAAAAUGACCCAAAAGUUUAAGAAUUAGUAACUUUUUUUGGAAAUCGAAUGGACACGGAGUUAUACAUUCGCGAGGAACGUGAUAGAAAAAUUAUCGAAGCAUCGGUUUUUCAGUUUGAUUCAGUCGGUGCAUGCCCCUUAAGCUCACGAAACUGGCAACUGUGAUCACGAGAAAUGGAAGAUGACAGCCAACUGCCCAAGGCCUUUUUUUCCUUUCUAGGCUCUUUAUACUUUUAAAUAUUUGCUUUUGUGGACAGUAUUUCCCAUUGAGUUGUUCAUAUCUUUAAAGAUACUAACUCGUUGGAUGUAGAUGGCUCAUCGCCAAUUCAACUCAGUAACAACAGCUACGCCGCCUCUCCUCGUCUUCAACGGCGAAAAACACUGUUUUCAUCUGCAGACUUGCGAAGAAUGGGGUGUGCCGGAUCCUCACAGGCGAAAGCAGAAGGUAAGAGAGACUCGAAUCUUGGUACGUAUUACAUCAUAGUUUCGACCACGUUGAUGAUGCCGGUGCUGCCUAUGACAGGAGGUGUCAAACAGGUGAAGAAACCGAGGUCGUGGAAGCAUCCUCAGCCGAUCACCAUAAGUCAGCUAUUUCAGCUGAGAGAAGAGUUCUGGGAUACUGCACCUCACUAUGGUGGUAGAAAAGAAAUCUGGGAUGCACUCAGAGCAGCAGCAGAAGCUGAUCCGAAGCUUUCUCAAGUGAUCGUAGAGAGUGCAGGGAUCAUCCUGCAAAAUCCUGAUAUGACUGUUUGUUUCGACGAAAGAGGUAACACAAACAGUCUUCUCUCUGUGUGUGAUUUCAGUAUUACCUUGAUUUUGAACUUGCACUGUUGCAGGUGCAAGAUAUGAAUUACCUACAUAUGUAUUGAGCGAACCAAAGAACUUGAUACGUGAUUCUUGAUAACAGAAGCAAAGCUCACCAGAAAACAGUCGUCGUCUCCAUCGUCAUUAACCCCAGAUAUAGCUGACUGUAAUAUAGGAACAAGAUCCUGCAGAUUUUUCAUUAGAAAUAGAGUGUAUAGCUAUAUCAUGUUGUUUGGUUUCUAAGUUUAUCCAACAACUUUGCUGACAAUUACAUAUUUCUAUUUCACCAUA